CCAACAGCGCUGUCACCGAGCUGCAGUCAUCGCUGGUUCCGGCCGUAACCUUUCUUUUGGUGUUGCGUGCCUUGCAAGGCAGGUUGCUAAAGUGCUGUGUAGAAACACACGAUGACUAAGGGUACUUCCAGCUUUGGAAAGCGGCACAACAAAACCCACACGUUGUGCCGCCGUUGUGGUAGAUCGUCCUACCAUAUUCAGAAGCAUACAUGCUCGCGCUGUGGCUAUCCGGCCGCCAAGAUCCGAUCCUACAACUGGUCGGAGAAGGCUAAGCGCAGGAGAACCACCGGUACCGGCCGUAUGCGCUACCUGAAGGUGGUGCGCCGCCGUUUCCGCAACGGAUUCCGCGAGGGUCAGGUGGCGAAGCCGCGCAAGUCCGCAGCUUAAGCAGUAGUUUAUACAAACUCACUACCACCUUGUUCCCCCCAUAUUCUUCUCUUCCCUUAUGUGUAUGCAUCAGCACCGUUGGUUAAUUUGGCGACAAAAGAGGAAACGCGUUGGACUGUGAUUUUGAGAAUCAUUUAGCGUCACCGUUUCACCACUGUCCACACCUACGCUCGGAUAUAUUUGACAAGGGUGGAUUGGGGUGUGUCGUGGCCGGAAGAUUCGAAAGAUGCAGACCAGCAGAUAAAGUAACCGCCUUUUUCUUAUCCAAUUGUAAAGGCAUGCAAACAAGGAAGUGAAAUAAACCGUUUGAAACACA